UCUGGACGUAUUCUGACUAGUUUUGGCCAGUUUUCCCGCUCGACACGCGCGCGUCACCUGUCAGCGAAAUUAUUAUGAUAAGGCUUUGUAACUUAGCAAACUUUGUGUGUACACAACUUUUGAUGUUAGAGUGAGUGUAUUGUACUGUUAUGAAGUUUUUCUAAGUUUAAGAGUAGUUGUAACUUGUAUAUAAAGUGAGUUAAGUGACGAACUAAUGGACUUGUGGAUUUCGAAACUUUUCACAAAAGAUUUUAAUAACAGAAAGAAAAUAACGGUGAAAAUGUAAUCAGAAAUCAGUGAAGUGCAGUAAUAAUAAUUAAGAAGUAUAAAAUGGAGUGUUCACCUCGGCCGAGCUCUACCCGAGUGCUCUCCCUGUGGACUUUACUCAUCGGCAGCUUCAAUAUAGCAGGUCUGCGUCCGGGUCCGACGGUGUGGGCGGAGUCGCUGGACGCCGUCAAUUUGUCGGCGGUGGCGGGCGGCAACGCAACACUACCGUGCGACACGAUGUCGCCUCAACCGCCGGACGCGUUGCUACUUGUCGUGUGGUAUAAAAACGACGUGCCCAUAUACAGUUACGACGGUCGGGACAAAGGGCCAGAUGCACACUGGGCGGACGCGUCGCUCGCGGGCCGCGCGCGCUGGCACGCCGCGCCGCACUCCUCGCUGCGGAUACGGGACGUUGUCCCGAGCGACCGCGCGCUGUAUCGUUGCCGUGUCGACUUCAAAGUGUCACCUACAAGGAACUACAAGUUCAUGCUUCAUGUUAUAGAACUGCCAGAGAAGCCGAAAAUCUUCGACGAGGCAGACAAAGAAGUAGUAAACGUGGCGGGCCCUUACAUCGAGGACACCAGCCUGAAGCUUACCUGUGUUGUAAGUGGAGGCAAACCCAUGCCAAGGCUGCGGUGGAAGCGACGCGAUGAAGUGGUCGCUAAACUAGAUCCGGUCGAGGACGACACCCGGUUAAGCCUCCUUGAGCUUAGGAUACCCAAGCUGACAAGGGCGUACUUUGAAGCUAUGUACACUUGUGAAGCCGACAACACCGCCCUGGUGCCACCUCUGCGUGUCCACGUUCGAAUCCAGUUGUAUUUGCGACCGCUUCUGGUCGAGAUCUUGGCGCGAGAGCAACCUAUAUCCGUGGGUCAAGAAGCUGAGCUGGCCUGCAGAGCGGUCGGUUCUCGACCAGCGGCUAUCAUCACUUGGUGGCUUGAUGAUAAGCCCAUGAUCGUGUCUAGUCCACAAAAGAACUCCAAAGACCGCAACGAAACGGUCUCGUUUCUGAGAUGGACGCCGCGCAUGGAGCACGACGGGCGGGUGCUUACCUGUCGAGCAAGUCACGCGAACCUAGAGCACGCCACUCUAGAGACCAGCAUGAAACUCAACUUACACUAUGUCCCCAUCGUCGUGUUACAGCUGGGUUCAAAACUGAACCCAAACGACAUAGAAGAGGGUGAUGACGUGUACUUCGAGUGUGUCGUGCGCGCAAAUCCGCCAGCUUACAAAGUUGUUUGGGAGCAUAAUGGUCAAGUGAUGACGCACAAUCAACGGGCGGGAGUCAUCGCGGGGUCUGCGCACUUAGCACUACAGGGUGUGUCGCGCGAGCAGGCGGGGAAGUACGUCUGUAUCGCUUCCAACGUGGAGGGUGACGGCCGAUCCACGCCCGUCACGCUGCAGGUUAUUUAUAAACCAGUGUGCAAAAACGCAAUGGUCGCCAUAGUGGGUGCAGCUCUCAACGAAGCAGCGCGGGUCGCAUGUGAGGUGGACGCGUACCCGCCGCCAAAAAACUUCCAGUGGACGCUGAACAACAGCAUGGGAACGAAUGAACUAGAGGCGGCCAAAUACACCAUAGAAAAGAGCGGUCGGUCAAUACUGACGUACACCCCAGCGACGGACACAGACUACGGCUCCCUCGCCUGUCGCGCCACCAACCUCGCCGGACAGCAGAUAGAGCCUUGCCGGUACACGCUACUACCUGCCGUGAAGCCUGACCCACCUACAAACUGCUCAACGUUGAACCUGACUGACGAUUCCGCGGAGCUACGAUGUUUAGCUGGUUAUGAUGGAGGCCUUCAGACUACGUACUUCGUAGAAGCAUGGGAAGCAGGAAGCCUCAUAGCUAACGUAUCGAAAAUAACACCGGUGUGGAAACUUCAAGGUCUUGGUUCAGGAAAGGCUUUGAAGCUAGUGUUCUAUGCCAACAACGCGAGGGGCAGAUCGGAUGCCACCACGCUAAGAGUGCAUACUUUGUCAAGGCUGGCUUUGCAUACAGAAGCAAAGCACAGCAACCUUACCAACAUGGACACGAGUUGGGCGCUCGGCAUCAUCGCCGGUGCAGUGGGCACCCUGGCAGCGGUGGCCAUAGUCGCGUUACUGGCGAGGAAACGACACCACAGGCCUUUACAGUAUGAAGCGCCACUACACACGGGGAAGGCGUACAAAGGCGCUUUGCAUAACCACUCGCCGCUGCAGCCGGACGACAAGAACCCCGACGUAGUGCCACUAGGGAAAGAUUUCAACUGCACGCGAGACUCGGAGCGGCCGCCUGAGCCGCCUCCCUACGGAGUAGUAGUGUCGCCGCCGGUCGGGUCUUCGAGGAGCGUGCAUAGCUUACACGAGCGUGCGAACACUCCCCACACGCCGCACACGCCCAACACACCCGCGUCCGACGCUCAGAGCAUCGGCACCCUAGCGGAGGAUCGGCGCAGUGUGACGAGCGGCACUCUCUCUAGGAGGAGGGAGGUUGUCACGACCCGGACACCUCUCUUAGCGAACGCGAGGGAAAGCUGUGUGUAGAUAGUGUAAAAUGACAUUUUAUAAUGAUGGAAAACAUGUGUACUAUGGGAAAUUAUGCCAUGAAAAGACUAUUGUCAGUUUGAUUGAAGUACCUGCAAGGGUGUAUUGACUGUAUUGGAAAAUAAAUUAGGUAUACACUAUACAUGUUAUAUUGAGGGAAGUAUUUAUUUUUAUAUUAUAAUAGCAUUGCUUUUGUUAUUACUUGUGAAUCAAUAAAUUUAUUAUUAUUGCUAGGUUCAUCAUCAUCAUAUGCCAGCCGAAGGACGUCCACUGCAGGACAUAGGCUUUUUGUAGGGACUUCCAAUCAUCACGAUACUGAGCCGCCUGCAUCCAGCGAAUCCCUGCAACUCGCUUGAUGUCGUCAGUCCACCUGGUGGGGGGUCGACCAACACUAUGCUUUCUAGUGAAACUUUGUGAUAGACAGUAAAAACUUUAGGUUAAUCAAAGUUAGCUUCACAUGAUUUGUACCAGAACUUUAAAUCGCUUGUCGAUAGAUUGGUAAUUUGACUCUAAACUUUUCGACCGUUUCGACCGUUUUGCUUAGGUUUCUUGGUCUACCUUAGAAAAAUAAAAAAAAAUCAUAACCCUUUAUUGAGAAUAGAACUCGGGAUUCUUGGUUGAAAGUUAGGUAUUUCCAACUGCGCCCGAAACGUCAAUAUUUGGGCUAAGUCGCAAGCUCACGUUAGUCAAUAUAUAAUUCCAUGACUUUAUUGGAUUUGAUACAGAAUGUUUCUGAAUAAAACAUCGAAAAGCGAGUUCAGCACGAAAUAUAUUUAUGAAAACUUUAUAAGGACACGUUUACAGUGCGACAAAAUUCAAUACAAUACUUUUGAAGUUUCGACUGUGCAAGCCCUAAGAUACAUAAAUAAAUUUAAAUUUCAAAGUUUUAUUUAGCCACGGAUAAACUUAUAAAUUAAUAAUUGGCAAUUAAUUUUAGAAAAUAUUUAUAGGGUGAUUUAUUCAAUAAUGAUUUCUCCCUAUAAUCAUAAAUAUUUCUCUAACAUUUAAUAUUUUCAUCCUCGAAACCAUGCUGUAAAACAAAAUGAAUGACUUCAAAAUUAGGUCAGUGGACUUUUCGUUAGAAAUUCAAUGGGCAUAUACUUUCAAAUCAUACUUUUCUCUUUUCCCUAUUUUUUUGAUUUGGGCAAUAUUCAAACUCCGUCGAUUUAAAGAUAACAAAAUCGUUAUUAUUAUAAAUGGCUAGUGGGAGGCUUUGGCCGUGGCUAGUUACCACCCUACCGACAAAGAAGUACCGCCAAGCGAUUUAGCGUUCCGGUACGAUGUCGUGCAGAAACCGAAAGGGGUGUGGAUUUUCGUCUUCCCCCUAACAAGUUAGCCCGUUUCCAUCUUAGAUUGCAUCAUCACUUACCAUCAGGUGAGAUUGCAGUCAAAGGCUAACUUGUAAAGAAUAAAAAAAAAAAAAAAAAUGUCGCCGUCGCAGUGAAAACGUGGCUUUCAACUGCAAAAUAUAAACUUUAAAAAUUGCAACCAUAAUUUCCGCCCGGCGAACUUUAAUCUAAUUUUAACUCUAUGAAACUUUUUAACGUAUUUUGGUCUGAUAGUUGGAAAUUGUAAAACAGUAGCUCAAAGCGGCUGUAAUUCUUUGAGCAAUAAAGAAAAGGCUCACAAAGCGCGAACGGGGCGCCAUUUUGAAUUCAAACAACAAAUAACAAAACAUAAAACGAAAUGCACCUAUGUGCAAUCUGGAAAGUUCAGUUUCUAAGGUAUUAGCCUAACAAUUUUUUAGGCAAUACAAACCUUAUUGAUAUGUCUUUAAGAACUAAGUUUCAUUAUUACUGUGGAGUAGGCGGAAUAGAAUAUCCGAGUACAUUUUUUUCUUUACUUUCGUUUCUGUACCAAGCCUUAUGUUAUUUUCCGAUUUUUCAGGUUUAGUGGUUUCUUAUUUCACAAAAAUUGGCAAACAAAGGCAAAAGGCAAACGAGUAGGUAUAUAUAGCAAAAGUUUGUAAAUACUCAAUGACUCUCGUAAAUAACUUCUAAUCAAACAGAAUCGUUUUUUUUAACCUACGGCUACAUCCUCGACUGCUGGUGCUGGAAUUGUUUUUCAAGCACCUUAAGAACAUAUUGAAGAUAUAUCUAUGGUAUGCAUGUUUGACAUGACAUGCUCUUGACGUACCUUGACUACAAUCUCACCUGAUGGUAAAUGAUGAUGCAAUCUAAGAUGGAAGCGGGCUAACUGGUUAGGAGGAGAUUGAAAAUCCACCCCUUUCGGUUUCUACACGACAUCGUAUUGGAACGCUAAAUCGCUUGGCGGUACGUCUUUGUUGGUAGAGUAACUAGCCACGGCCGAAGCCUCCCACCAGCUAAAAUACAUCCCAAACUAAAAGUUUCAACCCACUGAGACUACGAGUAUGUAUUUUUUACCGUCUAUUUUAUGUAAUAACUAACAGACGCCGCGUGGUUCGUACCUACCUACCUACCUACGUUUUUGUAGGAAUACGGGCUAUCUAACACUAAAAGGAUUAUUCAAAUCGGACAAGUAGUUCCUGAGAUUAGUGCGUUCAACAACAAACAGACUCUUCAGCUUAAUAUUAGUAUAGAUUAUGUACGUACUCAUUUAUAUUCGCAAAAUGAAACGCGUUCCAUUUUAUCGAGUGGAAAAAAUACGUCGCGUAGUCUGCGUCUAAAAAUAAUUUAAAAAAUGUCAAGAGCACUAGGCAUCGUUGCUGCGGACAACGCGCUUCAAGCGUUGCAUGGCGUGUGAAUAAUACAUGGGCCCGGCGUCGCAUUGGCGCGGCGCAAAAACUUGCACGUACGGUGCCAUGUAUAGUGCAUAAUUGUGUGCUAACUAUUAAUUUUUCUACUCUUUUUUUUUAUUAUUCUUUACAAGUUAGCCCUUAACUACAAUCUCACCUGAUGGUAAGUGAUGAUGCAGUCUAAGUUGGAAGCGGGCUAACUUAAAAGGAUUAGGAUGAAAAUCCACACUCUUUUCGGUUUCUAUACGACAUCGUGCCGGAACCUAAAUCGCUUGGCGGUACGUCUUUGCCGGUAGGGUGGUAACUAGCCACGGCCGAAGCCUCCCACCAGCCAGACCUGGACAAAUUAAGAAAAUCUCAGUCUGCCCAGCCGGGGAUCGAACCCAGGACCUCCGUCUUGUAAAUCCAUUACGCAUACCACUGCGCCACAUAGGCCGUCAAAACUCCCAUUUCGUAUUCUACUCAAUAUAAAACCUAAAACCAUAUCGCAAAGCUAUUCUUUCCUACAGGUCGUUUGGUAAUGUCCAGUUAACCCUGCUACAAUGUUUUUUAAUCUUUAGUCCCAUGGCAUUGUCUACAAAAAUUCAGGCUUCCUUCAAUACAAAAUCAAGAAGUCCACGCCCAACGCCAAUUAUAUAUUGUUUACCAAGUUAUGUUAAUUCUUUUAUUUAUUUUAUCAUGGUCGUAGAAAAAGUUUUGUAUGCCACUGCAUGUAAUUAGUUAUUGUAGCACUCGUGCUGUCUAUUGUGCUAUAGACAGAAACCACUCAUGCUACAAUAGCCCUCAUUAUAUGACAGUAACAUAAUUAUCUAUCGUGUGCGAUUGUUCAGCUGAGUUUGUUGGAAAUACUAUUUUGAGAAUGUCAAUCAUCGCAACAAUGUAAUGUUAGACCACUAGGAUUUAAGUCUGAUAUCUUCGUCAUUUUAUAAGAAACUCUAACGCUCUUUUAUAAGAAACGCUCGCGACUUCGUCCGCGUAGAAUUCAGUUUUUCACAAAUCCCGCGGGAAUCAUGGACUUUUCCGGGAUAAAAAGUAUGUAUACCUAUGUGUUAAUCCCGAGUAAAAUCUAUUUCCCUUCCAAAUUUCAGCCAAAUCGCUUCUGUAGACACAGCGUAAAAGAGGAACAAACAUACUUACACACUUACACACAAACUUUCGCCACAGACAUUUCAGUCACAGAUUUCGGUGGAUAAAUAUUUAAGCUGGUUGUAUCUUGGUGCAAAACCCGUCAGCUGAUACUUUUUUUAUUUAUACGUAGGAGUUAGGCAGAAGCAUCUACUGCCUAUUUAAAUGCAUCAGCUGACUAGGGCAUCAAGGACUCAACUUACUGCUAGCUGAUUUUUUUGUUUAUCACACAAGUAUAUUAACAAUCAGCUCACAAAUUUUCAUCUGGGAAGAAAUGACUGAUGAUGAGCAUGGGAUUCUAUAGUCGGUCAUCUCCCCCACCGUAUCGCAGCUGACGGUCAUAAGGCAUUAUGAUUCUAUUUUCUGAUUUGUCUCACCAGUUAUCUUUCGAGAAGAAAUAAUUAACUACUAUUGACUAUUAGUGAUAAUAAGGUAGAAAGGCCUUUAAAAAAUCAAGUGAAAUUAUUUUGUUUGAUCUUGGUUUUGGUACGUUAAUAUUAUUUUAUCUGUAUAAAUAUAAAGUAUGUACAUACCUAAAUACUUCCCUCAAUAUAUAAAUUCUAAAGUGGUAUAUUAUAAAUGUAAAUAAUAGAAAAAAUAUUUUUACUUAUUACAAUAAUUAUAAUAAUGAGAAUUUACCUACAUAUUAUGUAUAAAGACAAAUGCUCACAAUUAUUUAAUGUUUAAUACUUAAUAAAAGAUGUUGUAUACAAAAAUCAUAAAUAACUUUAAGUAUCUAUGUCGUUCGUUUUUUUGAAAUUAUUUUGAAUUAAAGUUAUUUUAAAAUGCACUUUAUGCGCUACUGUAUUAUAUAUAAAAGAUUUAUUAAACAUUAUUGAAAGUAGGCCAAAAUGGAAAUUAUAUAAGUUUUACGAAAACGUUAAUAAAUGUCUAAUUAACAUUUUAUUAAUAAUAUUAAUAUAAUUAAUUGUUUCAUAAGAAACAAAGACAAUAAGCGAAAUGCGUAGUGAUUAUUCUAUUAUUCAAUUUUUAUUGCGUAUUUUUCAUUAUUUAUUUGGUUUUUUAAAAGGGUCUUUAAGGUUUAUUGAAUUAAGUAAUGAAACAUUUAGACAGGAACUGAAAAGCUUUUUCAUAUUCAUUACACUGACUAUUAAUAAUAAUAUUUAUUUAUUAAUAUCGUCACAUAACAUUAGUUGAAACUUAGGCCAAUUUACACAUGCAUAGAAUAACUUAUUUGUUACUAAAUCAAACAGAACACUGACCUGAGCAGCAGAACUGAGAAGAACUCUGCGGUUCCACCCGCGGUUAUAAAGUAUAUAUCCCUAUGUUAAGAUUAAUGGCCAAGCGUAGAAAAGGCUCAGAAAAGACGAAGAAUAAUAAAAAGAUAACGUAUAAUCUCCCUGAUAAUGAAGCUUUUCAUUGGUAAAAGAACUUUUGAAAUUGGUCUAGUUGUUCCAGAGCCAAUGCAAUGCAAACCAACAAGAACAAAUCUUUCCUCUAUUUACUUAUAACAUAAGUGUUUUUUUACAAGUUAGCCCUUAACUACAAUCUGUCCUGAUGGUAAGUGAUAAUGCAAUCCAAAAUGGAAGCGGGGUAACUUGGUAGGAGGAGGAUGAAAAUUCACACCCCAUUUCGGUUUCUACGCGAUAGCUUUCUGUUUACGAAAAAUGUUGAUGGGUAAGUUUUUCAAUGUAUUUGGAUAUACAUUGAAAAUAAUAGUACAUUAUGAUAUAAGUGCGGUAUAUUAAAAAUCCAAGGCGAGAGCAGUAAAGAAGUAGAGACUGUAAUAAUCAAAGCGCACGUAUUCAUUACGUUUUUAACCAAUCUUUAAUAAUCAUUGUAAUAUAACAAAUGCAUGUGUGAAUGGGCUUUUACUUCUAUCUCAUUGUACAAUGUAUAAGCUGUAUAUUAUUGCACUCAUGACUGUAUAUUUGUAGGAUAAUUAUAUUAUCAAAGUGAAUUCACUGUGAUGCUAUGAAAUUUAUUACAUUUAAUGUUAAUUAUACUAUUAAUAAAUACAUGUAAAUAUUCUAUGUAAUGUUGUUUAUUUUAAGUUGAUACUAUAAAAUAAUCUACUAACUACUGUGACACUGAAAUUAUUACCGUUUUCUUAUAUAAAUGUAUAUAAAAUAAUGAUUAUUCUAAAUGUAAAUGAUUUAAAAAAAUAAAUUUAAUAAAUAAUAAAACAAAAACUAAUAAUAAUAAUUAAUGACUGUAAAUUAUUUUUUGCGAGUCGCUAUUAAUUUGAUUUUAUAUUUUUAUUGUAAAUA